AAUCAACAUUACUUCUACUUUCAGGCAACUCUAAAAUUACUCUGCAGAACUGUGUGCUAAAAGACUUUUCAACCGGCAUUUAUACAAACGAAAACUGCCAAAUCUGUCUCAGGGACAGCAUCGUUCUGGAAUGCACUCGUGGUAUCGAAAUUCUCAGUGGAGGAAACGCCACCUUCCAUUCAACGGAAAUCCAUAACUGUAAAUCGUACGGUGUGCUGUUGGAAGUCGACGACCUCAAUGUGCCGGAAGACAGCGAACAGACCCGCCUGCUGUGCAACGACUACAACGGCAUCGGUCGAAGCGAACUAAGCUUCGAAGGCAGCUGCAGUUUUCGGGAUAACGGAAAGGCGAAUUUCGUCAUUUCUAAGUCUGGAAGUUGCAAAUUCAACAACUCGUGUUUUGUGGAGCAGGCCACUCCGUCGAAUAAGCGGAAAAACAUGGAAGAUUAAUCAGCAACUGUGACUGUCCCAAAUUUCUUGAGCAUCUCUAUACAUCCAAAAGAAAUAUAUACCGUAACGCCCAUCCAAGACGUUACCCCAAUGUAACGGUUUCUGCUCUUUGACAGCUAUCGCCCGGUCUUCUUUACCUACCUGAUGAUGCAGCUCCCCCAGUCAGUCCAGUCCUCAGUCGCCUCUGAUUCGCGGCAGUUUGUUUACGCUACGCUGAAAGCAAAAUAAAUUAUACAAAACUGCGAUAAUUUUAUAAGUUUUUAAAGUAAACUACUAUUCUUAGUGUCCACAAAUUGUAAGUUGACGUAAAUUACAGAGAUUACUAGACGUGAACCUGUAGAUUAGUUGUUUAAUUUUGAGAAAAUCCAUCGCGGCGCAAUGGCGGCGAAUCAACCGGAGGAAACAUUCGACCAGGGAGAGUUCGACGAGGACGACCUCGGGGAGGUACAAAUCGAAGCCACCACCGGGCGGAAGCGAUUGUUCAGCAAAGAGCUUCGGUGCAUGAUGUACGGAUUCGGUGACGAUCAGAAUCCCUACACGGAGAGUGUCGAUCUGCUGGAGGAUCUGGUGAUCGAGUUCAUCACCGAAAUGACCCACCGGGCGAUGGAGAUCGGUCGUACGGGGCGCGUCCAGGUCGAAGACAUCAUCUUUCUGGUGCGGAAGGACGCACGGAAGUAUUCCAGGGUGAAGGAUCUGCUGACGAUGAACGAGGAGCUGAAACGGGCGCGGAAGGCGUUCGACGAAAUCAAAUACGUUGGAGCCGAGGCUAAGAUUAAAGAGAAGUAAGUUGGAAGAAUAAAGGGAUGUGCAACAACGUG